AAGAUUGAGCAGCUCCCGUGCGAGGCAGAAGGCGCAAUCUCGUUUAAGCGGAAUUAUUAUUGUUCACAACAUCGAGCUCUUUCAUGACAGUUCCGAGCUUCGCGGAUAUUGGAAAAAAUGCCUGGGACAUAUUCCGAACCGGUUAUCAUUACGGUUAUGGUUUGUUCAAUAUUUCGAUAACCAACAAAUCGGAAAAGAAACUCCGACUCAACAGCGAGUACAGCUUACAGUGUGACACCUCGCAGGCUGACGGCAAGUCAGAGGCGAAAUUGAGUCUGGACCGAAUAGGGGUUUUGAAGCAGAAAUGGAAGAGCGACGGGACCAUUUUACUGGAGCAUGGUUUGGAGGGGAAGCCCAUCGAUGGGUUUUCCCUGACAAGUGGUUUUUCGUACAAUCCCCAUACGAGUAUUUCCGGUCUGUUGUUCGGUGCCAAAUUCCAAAACGAACAUGUCAAUUUGAAUUGUUCUGUUUCAAACGCCUUCGAUCAAAAUUUUCGUCUCACCGGAGCUGCGGUUCUGGGAAUCAGGGACUUGCAUCUCGGCUAUCAGGCCGGAUACGACACGGAAAUGAAUUCCAUGACCCUAAACGACGUUGGGCUUGCAUACAAUUUCGAAAACGUGGGAGUUCACUUGCGAGCUACUUCGAUCCCUUACGAGGGUGGUGCAUCCGUUUCUUACAAAGUUAACGAAAACUGGGACACUGUAAUAAACGGAGUAUUCGCAAGCAGAAACGAUCGUCAACGUUGGACGGUUGGGAUCGGAACGCGAAUGAGAAUCGACGACAAAACGAUGGUCAGACUGAAGCUCAAUAAGGAUCGUCAAAUGGGUGCAAGUCUCCAGCAAAAAUUUUACAAUUUUAUCAACCUCACGCUCUCGUUCAGCCUCGAUUUGAAUAAUCUACCGAGGGGUGAUCACAAAGUCGGUCUCGCCAUCGACAUCGAGGACGUUUGAUCCUUAAAUUCCCCAAAAGCAAAUCAACAAUCAACAAAUUUAUAAACAAAAAACUGUAAACUCAAAAUUCUACCUUUUCCCAAAAUUAUUUUCAUCUCUGUCCUCGAUCGAUUAUAUUCCAGAGCAAUUCUUACGAAAAACCAAUUUUUCCAGCCACGUAUUUUAAUAUUCGUUGUUUUUGUAAUUAAUU